GGUGGAAGAAGGUGUGAAGGUACUUGGUUAUGGUGGACGAGUGGAGGGGGUGGAGGUGGAAGAAGGUGUGAAGGUACUUGGCUAUGGAAGAAGGUGUGAAGAUGCUCGACUACAGUGGAUGGGUGAAGGAGGCGGAGGUGGACAAAGGUGUGAAGGUACUUCGCUAUAGUGCAUGGGUGAAGGAGGUGGAGGUGGAAGAAGGUGUGAAGGUGCUUGGCUAUGACGAAUGGGUGGAGGUGGAGGUGGAAGAAGAUGUGAAGGUGCUUGGCUAUGGCGAAUGGGUGAAGGAGGUGGAGGUGGAAGAAGGUGUGAAGGUGCCUGACCAUGGUGAAUCGGUGAAGGAGGUGGAGGUGGAAGAAGGUGUGAAGGUACUUGGCUAUGGUGGAUCAGUGAAGGAGGCGGAGGUGGAAGAAGGUGUGAAGGUACUUGGCUAUAGCGGAUGCAUGAAGGAGAUGGAGGUGGAAGAAGGUGUGAAGGUGCUUGGCUAUGGUGGAUGGGUGAAGGCGGUGGAGGUGAAAGAAGGCGUGAAAGUGCUUGGCUGGUGGAUGGGUGGAGGUGGCCGUGGAAGAAGGUGUGAAGGUACUUGGCUAUGGUGGAUGGGUGAAGGACGUGGAGGUGGAAGAAGGUGUGAAAGUGCUUGGCUAUGGUGGAUGGGCGAAGGAGGUGGAGGUGGAAGAAGGUGGGAAGGUACUUGGCUAUGGUGGAUGGGUGAAGGAGGUGGAGGUGGAAGAAGGUGCGAAGGAACUUGGCUAUGGUGGAUGGUGAAGGAGGUGGAGGUGGAAGAAGGUGUGAAGGUACUUGGCUAUAGCGGAUGGAUGAAGGAAAUGGAGAUGGAUGAAGGAGAUGGAGAUGGAGGAAGGUUUGAAGGUGCUUGGCUAUGGUAGAUGGGUGAAGGAGGUGGAGGUGGAAAAAGGUGUGAAGGUGCUUGGCUAUGGCGGA